GGCGCUAGCAACGAAUAAGCAUUUUUCAACCAAACUUUGAAGAAGAAACAGUUCAUAUUAUAACCGACUACCGGUGUAAUUAACUUGAGUGAUAAAAGAAAGACAAAUUUUCUGUUCGAAAGUCUUACGUGAAAUUGAAAAGCAAAUUCAAAUAAAAUAAAAUAAAAACAUGGUGGUACUAACGGCAGAAUCAAAGCAUCAGCUUACAAUGAGCAAGACCAUUGGAUACACAGCACGAUCGGUGCUGUUGCGGGCUAUCGUGGAGAAGCGUGUUAUCGUUGGAAUACCGUCGGCAAUUGAAAUUUUGCUAAAAACCCCAAAGGAUUCACUAUUUUGUUUCCUGGCCCAAUCUAAGAAUCCAGACAGUGCAAUACACAUGAAUGAAAUCCUGUUGGAGGCAUUCUGCUACGAAAACGAUAUUUACGUCGUCAAAGUGGAUAGUGAUGAAAAACUUAGCCGAAUUUUGGGCGCAAAGAGUCUGCAAACGUGUGCCUUGAUCCAGAAAUCCUAUCUGCCAGACAAUACCGAAGAGUUAACACCGGCCGAGGAUACAUUAGUGAAUCAUUGUGAAGAGUAUUGGGAUUUUCCCAAUAAGAUUAUGGAAUUACCAGUGUGAAGAGACUAGCCAAAUCAAAUACAAUUUUUUUUGUGAAAAAUUUCGAUUGUAAAUCAGAAAAAU